AUGGAGGCCGGGGCACCGCCCCGCGGCUGGCGCGGGAGGGUGCUUUGGCUCGUCAUCGUUGAGAUUGUGUUGGUUCUAGUCUGGACUCGAGGAGCUGGUGCGGAUUCUGGUGAAAGCAAAGCAUUGUUUCCACAAGACGUCGAAGCUGGAGAGAAGGAUGUCUACCUUAGCCACUCCUGCAUCCAUGAUGAGAUACUACAUCAGCGGCGACGAGCUGGGCGGAAGGAGUACUCUGUCAUGCCACAAGUGUACCAUGAGUCUCGGGGGAAAGCGGAGCGUGUAAGAGGACGACACUUGUUGGGCGUGUCGUCUUGGUGUGCUCCACAGAAGAAUGACAGGAAGCCAAUACGAAUAUACCUUAAUUAUGAUGCUGUCGGGCACUCGCCCGACCGGGAUUGUAAAAAUGUUGGCGAUAUCGUGAAGCUUGGCGAACCUCCUGUACCGUCAGCACCAGGAACACCUAUAUGCGAUCCUCAUGGCGAUCCACCACUGGUGGGAGACUGCUGGUACAAUUGCACCCUUGAGGACAUAGCUGGGGAGGACAAAAAGCAACGUCUCCGGAAGGCACUGGGACAGACAGUAGAGUGGUUUAGAAAAGCUCUAGCUGUUGAACCUGUCAAGGGGAACCUACGGCUCAGUGGGUACUCAGCUUGUGGUCAGGAUGGAGGUGUACAACUACCCCAUGCUUAUGUUGAAGAUGGUGUUGCUAAUGCUGAUUUAGUCCUCUUAGUAACAACUAGACCAACCACAGGUAACACCCUUGCAUGGGCUGUGGCCUGCGAACGUGACCAGUGGGGUCGGGCCAUCGCAGGACAUGUUAAUGUGGCCCCUCGUCAUUUGACAGCUGAAGCCGAAACAUUACUUUCAGCUACCCUAAUACAUGAGGUUAUGCAUGUUCUAGGGUUUGAUCCUCAUGCCUUCACACAUUUUCGUGAUGAAAGGAAAAGGAGACGUGGUCAGGUCACUGUUCAAACUUUGGACGAAAAGCUUGGAAGAAUGGUUACUCGUGUUGUGCUACCACGAGUUGUCAUGCACGCGAGACAUCACUAUGGAGCAUUUUCCCAAAACUUCACUGGGUUAGAAUUGGAAGACGGUGGAGGCAGGGGCACCUCAGGUUCACAUUGGGAGAAGAGGCUCUUAAUGAAUGAGAUCAUGACUGGGUCAGUUGAUACAAGAUCAGUGGUUUCAAGGAUGACUUUAGCAUUACUGGAGGACAGUGGAUGGUAUCAAGCUAAUUACAGCAUGGCAGAACAUUUAGAUUGGGGUCGGAAUCAGGGAACAGAGUUCGUUAUAUCUCCUUGCAACUCAUGGAAAGGGGCAUACCAUUGCAAUACAACUCAACUAUCAGGAUGCACAUAUAAUAGGGAGGCAGAAGGUUACUGCCCUAUAGUAAGCUAUAGUGGGGACUUGCCCAAAUGGGCUCAAUAUUUUCCCCAAGCCAAUAAAGGUGGUCAGUCUUCAUUAGCAGACUACUGCACAUACUAUGUUGCUUAUUCUGAUGGUUCAUGCACUGAUGUAAAUAGUGCACGGGCGCCUGACAGAAUGUUAGGUGAAGUGCGAGGAAGUAAUUCGAGGUGCAUGGCCUCAACUCUAGUGCGAACUGGGUUUGUAAGGGGAUCUAUGACCCAAGGAAAUGGCUGUUAUCAGCAUCGCUGUACGAAUAACUCACUAGAGGUUGCUGUUGAUGGGAUCUGGAAGUCAUGUCCACAAUCUGGUGGGCCUGUUCAAUUUCCAGGAUUCAAUGGGGAAUUAAUUUGCCCGGUGUAUCAUGAGUUGUGUACUACUGUACCAGUUCCAGUGACUGGCCAAUGUCCAAAGUCAUGCAGUUUUAACGGUGACUGCAUUGAUGGAACCUGUCACUGCUUUCCUGGUUUUCAUGGUCAUGACUGCAGCAGAAGAUCUUGCCCAGACAAGUGCAGUAAUCAUGGUAUAUGCAAAGCUAAUGGGAUCUGUGAAUGUCAAAGUGGAUGGACAGGGAUUGACUGCUCAACAGCGGUUUGCGAUGAACAAUGUAGUUUACAUGGAGGGGUUUGUGAUAAUGGUAAAUGUGAAUUCCGCUGUUCAGAUUAUGCGGGCUACACAUGUCAGAAGGGUUCUGCAAUACUACCCAGUUUGUCAAUGUGUCAUGAUGUACUUGUUAGAGAUUCAGAGGGGCAGCAUUGUGCACCAAGUGAACUCAGUAUACUACAGCAGCUUGAAACUGUAGUUCUCGUGCCAAAUUACAAUAGAUUGAUGCCAAGUGGGCGGACCUUCCUUAACUUCUUCAACAAUGCCAAUUGUGCAGCAGCUGCAAAGCGGCUAGCCUGCUGGAUCUCAAUUCAACGGUGUGACGAGGAUGGGGACAACAGGCUCCGGCUUGUGGAGCGGGUCUGGAUUGUUCAGACCAGACCCUUUUUAGCAAAAGGGAAGAAGAAGAGAAGGGUGUUCCAUGCACAGGAUAUGGGAAGUAAGCGGUCCAUUUCACCUAGGCACCCGAAGAUGGGCUGCCUGGUGUACAAGCUAUGUUGGAGUGGGCUCUUUGUUAGAAGGUUUCCUGUCUUGCUGAUUCCUGAUGGCUUGAUACAAGGUGGUUUGUUUGACCAGAUGCCAUUGGAGCUGUCACAUGGCAUUAAUUUAACACAACAGGCCUUCCGCCGGUGCAGGAGCCUCCGCGGCGGCGUCAAGUGCUACCUGCUCCGGCCGGUGGACAGCCAGCAGGGCGACCUCUCGUCGGAGCAGCUCUACAUGUCGGACGGCUUCAUACGCAUGAUGUGGCGCCGGAUCCGGUUCCUUGGCGACGUCCUCAAGCACGGCUACAGCUUCAUAUUCACUGAUAUGGACGUGAUGUGGCUGAGAAAUCCGUUCCCGAAGCUGGACCGCGGUGACGGCGAGGACUUCCUGAUCAGCUCCGACAAGUUCAACGGCGAGCCGCACGACUACGCCGGCAACGAGCUCAACACGGGCUUCUUCUUCGUGGCCUCCAACGACCGGACGGUGGCGCUGUUCGACGAGUGGCACGCGGCGUGGCGGGGCUCGGCGGGGAUGAAGGAGCAGGACGUGCUGAACCGGAUGAAGCGGCGCGGCGCGUUCCGCCGGCUCGGCGUGCGCGUGCGCGUCCUCGACACGGCGCGCUUCAGCGGCUUCUGCCAGGACAGCCGGGACGCGGCGCAGGUGGCCACCGUGCAGGCCAACUGCUGCCGCACCAAGCGGGCCAAGGUCGCCGAUCUCAAGGCCGUCCUUCGCGCCGCCAAGCGGCUCAACAGGACGACGACGGAGAUUAGGUGGCCAGCGCAUCGCGAGUGCGUAAAAUCGUGGUUGUGA